AUGACGCAACGUUGCCCGUACACGGCACACGGCGUCCGCGAUCCAAGAUGUCCGCGGUCUCACGAUAGAACGCGUACCUUUUCGGGUGUGCUGUCAACGGGCCCGCGCGGGGAGCUUCGGUGUGCAAUUCGGACUCGCUUCAAUCGCCCGUGAGAAUUGUGAGGUCGCCGACGCGCGCUCACGAUCGACCAGUGCGCGACACGGAUGUGCGCGGCGAAUCACGAACGAUAAAUCGGGAGAUAAUCGCGAGAGAGACCGAAGGAGAGAAAGAGAGAGAAAGGGGAAGAAAGAGAUAGAGUGCGCGAGGAGGACGGAGCGGGACGGAAAUCGACAAGCGUCAACUCGGGCGCCUCUUUCCAGCGACCUAUGAGCGAAAUGCAGUGGGCAUGAAUUUGAGAGGAAGUUAAGAUGUCCAGCGACAGUGAUCAUACUUCUUCGAUACGCCAUCACAGUCACAAGCGCAAGAAGGUCAUCAUAAGUGAUAGCGACAGUAGUGAUGAUUCCAUUAUUGUACAAAAUCGAAGAAACAAAAAGAUAUAUAGAGUCGUUAGCGAGGAAGAAAGCAGCGACGAUAGUGAUGUACCUAAGCCUGUGAUUAGACGACAAAACCAUAGAGUUAUUAGUGAAGAUGAAUCUAGUUAUGAUAGCGAAUCAGAUGCGAGUAAAUCUUCUCAAAGCAACAGCACUACCACGUCAGAAUGGGAGGACGACUGGACCAGCUCCGACGAGAUGAACGAAGACGCAGCGAAGACGAAGGCGUAUAGGGGUAAAAGUAAAGUCCUAUCGAAAACGAAAACUGAGAAAGCCAACAAUCCCGGUCCCUCCUCGCCAUCCAAUGCCAAUGUCAACUCUGACAGCAGUGACGAACAGUCGGAGAAAUGUCCGAUAUGUUUACUGCCAUUCAAUAAACAGCAAGUCGGCACACCGUCCGUUUGCGGUCACUGCUUCUGUUUGGAGUGCUUACUAGAAUGGAGUAGGAACAUUAACACCUGCCCCGUGGAUCGCCAAACCUUCACCGUGAUCCACGUUAGAGAUCACCUCGGUGGCAAGGUGGUGAAGCAUUUACCCGUUGAAGUUGUGCCGCGCGUUGAGAACCAAGUGCAAGACGAUCCGACGUUUUGCGAAAUAUGUAAUCAGAGCGACAGGGAAGAUCGGAUGUUGCUUUGCGACGGUUGCGACCGCGGCUACCACUUGGAAUGCCUGACACCACCGAUGACCACUGUACCGAUCGAGGAAUGGUUCUGCCCGGAGUGUGUGAGACAGAAUCAAGCGUUUGUGACGGAUUUUCUGCCGACUCUCAUGAGAUCGCGGUAUCCGGUGCGACGUAUCCUUCGUUUCGAUAGGGCCAACAGGCACAUCGCUACAAGCAUAUUCGCUACAAUAUUUCCUCCUCACGGAUUCUCACGUAAUCGUUCAUACGCACGUAAUAAUAAUCGUAACCGCUCUCGUGAAGUGCGUGACGAUGCUCCAACGGAUAGUUCCCAGCAGUUAGUCGAUCCGUAUCUGCCAUCUACCUCGUCCGGCAUCGAUUCCAUCGGUGAUAAUAGUCGGAGCCGUUCACCCAACAAUAGUUCAGAAGGCAAUGCCUCGUCUAGCAAACCCUCGAAAUCCGGGGCCAAGACGACGAAACGGAAGAAGAAGAAGCAUACGAAAAGCUCGAAAAGAAGCGCAGGCAGUAAUCUCGUACGGGAAGUGCGAAUCAGAGAAUUUAACGAAGAUGGCGAGGAGGAGGAGAUAGUGACGUACGUGAAAGUCGCAUCAACCACAUCAAGGAGGAAGUGUAAGAAAAGAACAAAGAAAACGCGCAAGAGGAGAAAACACAAACGACGUGCGCGCGCCGAAGCAUCCGUGCUGACUAAUGCGCGUACAGUAAAACGGAGACUGGCUUCCACGUUGGGUAUGGAGAAACCGAAAAUUCCAGUGCUCGUACCCAGCAUGAAAAGUAACACCUCUAUCCCUGAGAAAAGCGCUCUCAUCAACGCCAGAUACAGCGCCGGUAUACCUCAAGUUAGCAUCUUCGGAAAUAAUCUGGGAUUGGACUACAGUCCACCUGGAUCGGACGAUGACGAUGAAUAUUCCAUUGGAAACGGCCCGAUGAUAAAUGUACAGCGACGACGCUCAGCAGUACCGUCGAUCAGACGUCGUGCCGUUCUAAAAACAAUCGCUAGUCCGAUAGAUGAAGGGGUGAACGCGAGCGCGACAGACCUACUGGAUAGCAUAAUGAGCAAUCAAGAGCUGUGGCAUUCGACCAAAAAGAAGGACAGUGUAAUUUUAAAAGCGGAUGGCACGCUAGUAGUGAAUAAUCCGGACAAGGAGAACAAGCAUAGCAUUAAUAAUAACGAGAGUCCAAAGAAGGAGAAGCCGGACGAAAAGAUAACACGGCAGGACGAGGAGGAAAUGAUUCUGAGGGAAGCGGACACGCCGCUGGAUCUUUCCAACGUCAAUCCUAACGACAUCACACAGGCGCCAAUGUACAACAAUCCCUGUGGUGGUGGUGGCGGCGGUGGCGGCAACCGAGGUAAUUUCCGUGGUGGCUACGGUCGCGACAAUAGCCGUCACGGUGGACACGGGGGACAGAGCUACGGCAGCGGUCGGGAUUCGCUACCACCGGGCGGCGGUAGGCACAGCUAUGGCGGCGGAGCCGGUGGCGGCGGUCCGCGGGACAACUUUGGGAACCGUGAUUUCGGUCCACCGCCGUUCUACAAUCCGAAUUUCGAGCACUGCGGUGGACCGCCCAUGUUUGGCGCCCACGCACCGCCGCCGCCGUUCCGCGGCCGCAAUCCGCAGCAUUUUCGCAACGAGCGGCUACGCUUCCCUCCACCGCCCGUUGAGCAACGGCCGUUCGCGGGCUAUGCAGACAGCAGCGGCGGCGGCGGCUUCGAGCCGAGACCGCCGUUUCCGCAUGCGGCGGAUCGUUUUCCGAGACCCAGACCUCCGUUGGGUAUACCGCCCCCUGGUGCACCGCCUAUCAUGUCAUCGAACGCACCGGAUUCCUUGAACGUGCAGCCGUCAGCAUCGGUACGAGCGCACAACAGCCUACCAUCGGUCAAUCUGCCGGAAGAUGUGGCACGAAACUAUCAGCAGCCACCACCGCCACCGCCACCGCCACCGCCACCGCUGCCCGAGCAAAGCGAGCGCGUCGUGGCACCCGAACCUGUCUCUGCGCCAACCGUCACGCGGUCUGAUAACGACGACUGCGAUAUUUACUGUGACAUCGAACCACCGUCUAGGAUCGACUGUGACGCACAGGAGGAGCAUCACAGCAACGGCUCGAUGAUUCUGCUGCCGCCUCCGGAGCCACCAUCCGGUUUGCUGGAUUUUGAGGAGAACUCCAGGAGCGACAAGGAUAACGACAGCGAGCAAGAGUUGGUGAUUGACGACAGCCACAAGGAGGACGUGCCCCUUCGGCAGGAAUUAUCGAGUGGCAGUGGUGACAAGUACGAUCCGUUUGCAGCCGACAGCGACAGCAACGACGACGCUGCACUGCAGAAGGGGAUGCACGAGAAGGUGCAAGUGUCACGGAACAGUAUGGACAGUUGCGAUAUACCGAUGCCGAUUGCUCCGCCGUUGAUUUCAGCGAGUUAUCCGAUCACCGUGCCCGCCGUUUCUGGCAUAACGACGGCCGAGAUCAGAAACGAUCGACCCGCGCAGGAAUUCGUGCGCCUGACCGCGUACGACGACGACGACGACGACAACGACUCGCAGUCGGACUGCCCGAACUUUUCCAUUUACUCGUCGCAAACUAUGGACGUUGCUAGACACACGGAGCAGGAGCUUUCCCAGCAGUUAGGACCGCUUCAACCACCGCCAUUACCACCCAUCAUCCCUGACGACGAUGACAUUAUCGUGGGCGACGUUCAGGCUUGCGACUUACCGGACGCACCGCCCGAACCAGCUGAUCCGUACGUCGAGGCACUGCAGAAGGAGCGGCAGACGCUGAGCAAAAUACCGCCGAAGAAGAUCGCUCACGACACGCAUCGCGGCAAGAUCACCUUCAAGAUUGGCAACAAGCUGCGACUCAACAAUCGGCUAAGCGGUCUGCAUGCGGACGAUCACGGAUCACAGAAUGCUAGUUUCAAUCAGAAGAAGGCCACGCCGUCGUCGAUUGAUGAACAGCAGCAAGAGCGAGACGGUGACAAGAGUAUUAGUCUGUUGAAGCCAACAGCAGAGUCCAACGCGGCCAAAUCGUCAAUAGCGAUAAAUCAGUUAACGAAGAUAAAAUCACGCUUUGGAGAAGACGAUGAGAAUGCGUCGGUGGAACCGAUCUCGAAGAAUGAAUUACUGAAAUUCUCUCAUCGGCGUGACAGCAAGGAUCUCGGCUCGGACAGCUCGUCGGACGAGGAAACUACGAAAACAGAAGAUACGAAACAUGUCGACACGUCCAGCGAGAAAGAAACCGAGGAGAACGUCGAGCGGGAAGCAUCGCCGCUGUUCGCCGCGACAAACAUGACGGCAGAUGAGGACGUUGUGGUCGCAGAGAGUACGGUGCCCUCGUCUACGUUCGAUACGAUCGAACAGCUGUCGCCGAAAAAAUUGGAUGGCAGCGAACUGAGCAUGGAGUGCAGCUCGGAGGACUUGGAAGCUGGCGACGCGACAGGCAAGGUUGCAGCACCAAGUCAGUCAAGCGGUGGAUUGCGUGAGGAGGCGAACACCCAAGACGACUCGCGCGAUCGGGAGUCGAGCGGUGACGAGUACGAGGACCGUUCGCCGGAUCAGAAAGUCGCUGACAAAACGGAUGUUGAGGAUAAGGAUGAUGAGGAGAGGGCACCAAGUGACAACGAGGAUCCAAGUUUGUCGGAUCAGCAGCACGAGAAGGCAUGCUCCAGUUUCUCAACGGUGGACGACGAAGUGGAGCAGUUCCCGAUAGAGAAGGACAAGCUGGAAGACGAGCCGACAGUGCCGGUUGUUUGCGGCGACAACAACUGGGAUUCAGACGGCGCUUACACGCCGUGCAAAGACGAGUUGCCAGUAAAGGAUGGAGACGUACAGCUGAUGGAACGGCGCGCGGCGUCAUUCGAGGUUGGGCUUGAGCCGAUCACGCCGACUAAAGAUAGAACAAACGACGACUUGGACGAUUGCAGAACUCCAGUGGGUUACGCCGGAUUGGGAACUGAAGCCAUCUCCGAGACUGAUGAGGCGAUCAACUUCGAAGAAGAAUUAAACAUGUUGUCGUUGCGCAAGGAGAAGGAGAUGGAGGACGGCGAGAUAGUGGACGAGAGUAAACUGAACGCAAAAGAACGCGAAAAAUCGAAGGAGGAAAAGGAAGACGACAGCAAGAAGAAGAAAAAGAAGGACAAGAAAGAGAAGAGUAACAAGGAGAGCACGGAGAAGAACAAGGAAAAUAUCUCCUCGGACAAUCUGGUCUCGUGGAAGAAGAUCUCGAAGAGCACGAAGGAGAGGCCAUAUCGCGACAAGGACAAGCGGUCCAAGUCGAGGGAGAAGGAGAAGGACAAGGAUAAGUCUUCCAAGAAAAAGACGAAGGAACUAGGUAAGAAGAAAGAGAAGAGGAAAGAAUUACCGCGGUACGACGUUAGGAAAAUAGUGGCCGAGAAGCCAUCCCGACCAAGGAAAGAUGAAUACGGCAGGGAUAUCCGAGAGAAAUCGCGAAGCAGAUCGAGAAGUCGCUCAUCGGAGAAGAUUCAGUCAGGCUCACGACGUAGCCGAUCGUACUCGAAGGGACGGUCCAGGAGCAGAUCCCGGCUCCGACUGUCCUGGUCUAGAGAUCGUGCCCGAUCGUACUCUAGAUCAUGCCGAUCGACCUCGCGCCGCAGAUCUUUGUCUCGUAACAAAGGUAAAUCCUCGCGGAGACGAUCUAUGUCGCGUAAACGAUCACUGUCAAGGCGUCAUUCAGUUUCUCGUAGACGGUCGCGGUCACUGUCGCGCAAAAGACGAUCCCUGUCGCCCAGACGGCGGUCCAGGCCUCGACGGUCACCGUCAAGAUUGCGCGACAAACGGAAGGAGAAGACGAAAAAGUACAAGUCGCGUAGCCGUUCGCGAAAUCGCAAGAGGUCGCGCAGCAAGUCUCCGAAAAGGACAUCGUCCAAAUCACGGGAGAAGAAGCACAACAAAAGAAAGGCGCAUAGCCGAUCGAGAUCGAAGCCUCGAUCGGUCUCGCGAGAUCGCAAUAGAAAUUGGGAGCAGCUGAACGAGAAGACCGUGGACUGCGAGCAACAAUUUCCACGUGAGCGGGAGGAGCAUGAGCGUUCCUGGAGCGCGCAGUGGACACCAUCUUGGUCGAGAUCGAGGUCCAAAACACCUCCGCAUAUUCAACAGGAGCCGAUCGGUGCUCGCAACUGGUCGCCGCCACCAGUGUUAGAUAGCGUGUCGCCGAAGAACCUGACCGUAAUACUAACGAACAAGGAAGCGAUCAAGAAAAAGAAAAAGGAGCGCCGGAAAGAGAGCCGGAGAUCCAAGGAGGCGGAGAAGCGGCGGAAAAGUAAACGCAACAGGACUCCGCCACCGUCUAAGGAAGUCUUUGCGAGCGGCGACAACAUAUUGGUUAGCGUGUGCUUCAACAAAGACAACGAGACUAAUCCGGCACCUAUACCGGAAUUGCCGGAAACCAUUCCUUUGAUACCGCCAAUAAAACGCCGGCGAAGAGAGUCGGUUCAGACGGAGGCACCAUCUACGAAACGUUCGAAGAAGGAAAAGACCAAGGACAAGCGAUCGAAGUCGCCGAAAGUGAAGAAGGACAAGAAGAAGAAGUCCAAGGCGGCGGAGAUUGCGGCAACAAAGAAGCCGGUAGCCGUAAUUGAUCUCGAUCAAUCGCCGUUCCGCGAGCAAACACCAUCACCGCGCGAUGUAAUCGUGCUGAGUGAUGACGAUGAUAAACAGGCGCAGGAAGCAAUCCCGCCGUCGCCGGAGCAAUGUCCACCUUCACAGGCAUCGCCGCCACGCGAGCAAUUUGUCUCGCAAGGUCCGAAAACACCGCCGGAGCCGCAGAUCAAGUUCUCCAUAAACAAGCAACCCAGCAAUCUCAGACCGUCCCUGAUAAAUCCGUUGUUGGAGGAAGAAGAAGAGGAGGAAGAGGAAGAAGAGGAGGAGGAAGAGAUGAUGGAUGAACGUGCCGAGGAGGAGCUGGAGAUGCGAGCGCAGGAGGAGUUGGAGCUGCGUCUGAAGAUCGGCCCCAACACACCUCCCGAGCCGCCGACGUCUCCGCCGACCUCACCGGACGCGUAUGAUCCCUUCGAUCCGACCAAGUCGCGUUCACCUACGCCUGAUGCGAGCCAGGAGGCGACGCCGAGCGAUGAGCGGGACCGAGUCCAGCGCAACUCGCCGAGAAAGCACGAUGGUGCGACAGAUACCCCGUUACCUUUGGACGAGCCCAGCCAGCAGCAGGACCAGUCCAGCCAGGAGAAGCCGAUCGAGAAGCCAAAGAUAAUAUCGAUGGUGACCAUUAAGCGACCGUCGCCGCAGAGGGAUGUUUCCGCAUCGCCUGCACCGGAGAAUCAGACUGAUAUAGCGCAGUCGUGCAGCAGUCCGCCCAAGACGCAGCAGGCCCAGCAGAGCGUACAGUCGACCGCGAAUCCAUUCGCUACUAUCAAUCCCGUCUUGGCUACGGUGGCAGCCGCAGUGCAGAGAAGCGCCGUCUUCAACACUAGCACGCCCAACACCGCACAGAGAACGCUGCUGCAGUCGAACCGUAUCUCGCCGAGCAGCCAGGUCAAACCGCGUACGAACGACAGACCGCAGCUUCCUAAUGCGUUCGCGACGAAUUCUGCGAAAUCGUCCACCAUGACGCGGUCGUCCAAGCCUACCCAGAAGAACAGCUCGACGAUAGGGCAGAACGGCAGUGACGCGACGAUAGACAUAUCGAACGACAACGUCGUCGACAUGUCAUCGCCGUAUUCACCGGGCUCUACCUUGAGCGACGGUCUGUUCGAUCCGCCUAGCCCCGCCAAUUUCAAUAACUCGCCCGUCGCGAACGCAGCACCUUCCGCUCCUGCGAAAAUCAGCACGCCGAAAGUUACCAAGAGCGCGGAGAAGAAGGAUGCGUUCGACGCGCUGUUCGGUAGUAUAUUGCCGCCAGUUAAGACUGCAACUAAGAAUAGGAAUAAGAAGGUCGCCAAGGAGAAGCCGAAGAAGUCCACGAAUCCAAAAGUUGGAGUCCGCAUGGACGAGAACCAGCUUCAGAUUCUUGACGAUCUUCCUAGCUCAGCCGUAGAAAUGCAAGUUAAAGACAAGUUCCUGAAGAAGUUAAAUCGACAAGAAAGAGUCGUGGAAGAGGUGAAGUUAGUUCUCAAACCCCAUUACACCAAAAAGCACGUUACGAAGGAGGAAUACAAGGACAUCAUGCGCAAAGCUGUACCUAAGAUAUGCCACAACAAGACAGGCGAGAUCAAUCCGAAGAAGAUAGCGCACCUGAUAGAAGCGUACGUGAGAAAGUGUCGGAACAAUAAGAAAAAGACAACGACAACUUCCUCCACCAGCAAGAUAACGAAACCAGCGAAAACUAUGUGGAGUUGAUCACGUGUCGGCAAUCCUAGCGCAUUAGAAAUUUCUUCGACGUUAGGCCUGUCCUUAGAACACGCGUAAAUGCACAUUCUAUUUCCUGGAUGGUAAGUGACUCAACAGCAUAUGCAUAUAUAUAUAUAAAUAUAUAAAUGAAUAAAUAUGUAUGUAUGUAUGUAUAUAUAUAUAUAUAUAUAUAUAUGUGUGUG